AUGCCUCCGAUUGAAUAUGCAAACGCUUCUCAAAAUUCUGUCAUGUUUGGAAAUGUUGUUCCUCUGAGUACUCUGAUGGAAUUUCUCAUCCAGAGAACCUACCAUGAGCUUUCAAUACUGUCCGAGUUAUUGCUAGGGAAGAAUGAUCUGGAAAGAAAAAUCGAGAUAUGUCAAUUUGCCAAUCGAACCAAGCAGACGUUUGUGAGACUUCUGGCCCUUGUGAAAUGGACCAAUAGUGCAAACAAAGUGGACAAAUGUGCUAGAAUAUUCAGCUUCUUGCAGCAACAACAAUUACUCUUUGUUGAGACUGCUGAUUGUUUGGCAAGGAUGGCGAGGGAAACUUUGGUUCAUGCUAGAUUGCCGAGUUUUUCACUGCCAUGUGCUAUCGAUGUCUUAAUGACUGGAACAUAUCCGAGGCUUCCAUUUUGUAUAAAGGAGAAAAUUGUACCACCAGAACCACUACCUCCACUUGAAAAGAAGAGAGUUUUAACCAAAUUAACACAAGUCAUUGAAUACAGAAUAGUCAUGAAUGACUUGCCCCAUUCCAUGUGUAAGCCAGUUAUAGAGAAUGGAAGAGUUAAAUUUACAGUCGACCACGAGUUUGAGGUCUUUUUAACACUGAUGGGAGAUACGCCUAAUCUACCGUGGAGACUGUUGAACAUUGACAUAUUAGUAGAAGAUUAUGAAUCAAAGAAUGGCAGGUCCCUAGUGCACCCCCAGCAAGUUGCGUUCAUCCACGAAAUGGUUCAGUCCAAAUUGCUCGAAAGUGAACAACCCUUGCAUGAUCUCUACAAUUGUCUUCUCUCAACUGUAACUAAUUUCUUAUUUCCAGAUUUCUUCUGCCAAUCACUCCAGCUGGAAGUUCUAUAUUUUCAGAGUUUCACCCUUAUAAAAGAAAAGUUUGGAGACUUUGUAAAAGUGGAUGAGUAUAACCUCGGAAGGAAUCUUAUAAUAUCUUAUUGGAGAGAUUCAGGAAAAUCACAGAAGCUGUACCCAACAGGCUGCAAACUGAACAUAUAUGUCGAUGAAAAGAACACGAGCAAACCGCUUUUUAUUUCUCACAGUCCUGUAUUGUACGGUGAAGAUGGUAUGAAAAGUAUGAAACAGAUCAAUGAGCUGAAAAGAGAGCUGGAAAUGUUUACAUCUGCAAAAUGUUCCAUCAUCGACUUUCCUCCGCUAAUGUAUCUGACGGUGUCCAAAGAACUUGAAGAAAUUAUUAUAACGGUGGAUAUGAUGAAAGGAUUGUUCUCCGUCACAAAAAUUAAUUCUGCCAAUCCUUAUUUAGAUGCACUGGAAGAUAGCUUGAAUGGCGACAGGAAGGACAUAGGGCAAAUAUUUGCUGCUAUCAGAGUAUUUCAGUACAAGUGCAUGUAUGAAAGCAUGCUAGUAUCCCAUCGACUUCAGUACACGGAUUACUCUCAAAAACCAACCGACCUACAUGCAACUUUUGGAAAGAACUUUUUCUCAGUGGCUUUCCCCAACACCAACAAAUAUACCAUGAUUAUUAAGUUUAGCAAUAAAGAUAAAGCAUGUGUUCAACACUUCUUGUUAAAAGUCCGAGAAAUGGACCCCGUCAGUAAACGAUUAAACUACUCAGAGAUGAUUUUCGUUGAUCCUGCUAAGAUUUUGGAGUCCAACUCAAUCAACGCACUGUUGAACUCGAAGAAAUCAAAGGCCUCCGUCCCAUUGAUGCACAUGUUCAGCAACAUUUAUUCCCACAUGGAGGAUAUCAUACUAUUUGAUGGCCUGAACGACGAGCUUGGCCUAUUAGGGAUCUACAACAGUAACCAUCUGCCCGAUCCGUGUGGCAUUGGAUAUUCUCUUCAAAUAACCAAGGGCAUUUCAUUCGACACUUCUGAUGCAGCAAAAAUACCAUUCAAUUCGCAUGACAUGACCGUGACCUUCAGAUUAAUUAAGAAGGAUAAAUGUUACUGGUGUGUCCUAGUUACAGCUUCUGAAAAUCCUAUCUUCUCGUUGCCGACGCUAAAUGAACAAUAUACAAGAUGUUUUCUAAAGGUUUACGAUGUUUCUGAUGUUAAAAAAGUUGUUUCUUCAUUUGCAACUGAUUGGAAUGUCAACUACCAAAUGUUAAAGAUCGUUCACGAUAUGUCCUAUCAGUACAACGAUCAUCUUGUACAAGGAGAACAGACAUUACCUUCACAGUUUUACAUCGAGUCAUUUUCUUUCAAUAAACUAGUCAUAAGUUAUGGCCCAAAAAGACACUUUUUGGUGAGUGUAGAAUAUUGUAACAACACAAAAUCUUUCCAAGUGACGUUUGGCAGCCACGCUGAUUCUGUCAUAUCAAAUCCACAUUCGUUAGUCUCUGCUCAUUUGAGUCACCACCUCAAUAAAUCAAAAUCUUUGGUUUUAUUCUGCAAGUUGCUGGCGCAAACAUGUGAAGUGAAUGAACAACUCUACAAACUGAACACCACUCCACUUGUGUGGACCAAGGUGAAUUGGAUGCUGCCAGUGCAAAACUACACCGUCGUCGCUCAGUCGUUGUUCCACUACAGAAUAUACUACUUCUAUCCACUCUUCUGUAUGGAACUCUCCUGUCCAAAUAAAACCUACAUCACUUUUAAGGACUCCUCCAUCAGUCCUAACGCAAAACUUAACGACGCUUCACUCUCCGGAUUCCAGGCUUUUCUGUGCGCUUCAUCUGAUUCAUUAUGUAGUAGCAACGAUGUCACUGGAUCCAUUGAUGAGAACAAUGCUCAACACAAUGUUGUUGGCAUGUCGGAUGUUGAUAAUUUCUUACUGUCAGAUUUGCAAAUGAACGUCUUUAGAUCUGCUGCUGAAAAGAUCCAUCAGCCAUUUCUUGAAAAUUAUGUAACACGGGAUCUCCUCACUAAGCUGAUGACGCCAAUAAACAAUGUAUCGCCUCUGGAUAAAUAUCUCGGGGUCCAGUAUUUCCGAAGACAUCUCCAAAGAAUUAUAAAAUCUGAUGACAGCCAGCUCAUACAGAUACCGACGACAGAAGCUGGUGUACUGAUGUUCAAAUCAGAUUUAUCAGGACUUCAACUGAAAUUUAACGCCAGCCUGGUUUCCUCUCCCCUCAAAAUAUUUCCUCUUCAAGAUACACCUUGGGAUAUGGACGAUCUGUUUUCUCUGGAAAAAUUCUUUGAAGUUAAGGUCCUCAGUCACCCGUACAAGCCAUCUAACCUCGAAGCUUUUUGUUCGUUGUUAAAGAUGCAUUUCCAUAUAUUGAAGGAUUUCAUCAACAUAUUCAGGAUGGAAUUGAAUGCAGAUAAAAAUAUGAGGUGGUUCGUCCAACUGUUAUUAACAUUUCCAAGUGGUUUCGAUUACAAUAUGGGAGCUAACGCUAUCGUCAUCUCCAGAAAAAUCGUUUUCAUCUUGCUGUUGACGUGCAACGUGGGUCAUCCAUCCUACGCAGAGUCCACGCCAAGCAGCAAUCAACCGCCUAACGUCAUACUACCACUGUGCUACGACAGCGCAACAAACACAGUGCAACUCGUCGAGAACCACAAGCAGAAUGUCAAUCAAAUGAGCGUCGUGGCCAAUAUUCUUAAAAGAUUUUCUGACUUUUUGGUGAAACCGAACGAAUGCAGUAUACUGCCUGCCAUUCGCGAAAUCAUAGCUAAUUUGACUUAAUAGAUUGUUUGUUAGACGAUUGUUUGUAGUAUUUAUUUUGACGUAAUUUUAUUUAUCAAUUAAUUUGUUUAUAUAUUUAUUAAUUUACAAUGAUAUAAAAUUUAAAACCAAUAUCGUUAGAAUGGA